AUGUUGACUGUCCAUAAAAUGCAUUUUAGCAUCUUCCUGCUGUUGUGGGGAUGGGUUUUAUGUACUGAAUGCAGAGCCCACCGACAAGGGAAGGAAAUACAUGAGGUGUACAAGAAAGGCAGCCGGCUGCAGAGGCAGAGGCGGGAAGCCCCCGGCGAGGCGCACAAGCAAGGCAGCCCAAUUCUAAAAAGAAGCCCUGACAUCACCAAAUCUCCACUGACAAAGUCAGAGCAGCUGCUGCGAAUAGAUGACCAUGACUUCAGCAUGAGACCAGGUUUUGGAGGCCCUGCAAUUCCAGUUGGGGUAGAUGUCCAAGUUGAAAGUCUGGAUAGCAUUUCUGAAGUGGAUAUGGACUUCACCAUGACCCUUUAUCUGAGGCACUACUGGAAAGACGAAAGGCUGUCCUUCCCGAGCACCAACAACCAAAGCAUGACGUUUGACGGCCGGCUUGUGAAGAAGAUCUGGGUCCCCGACAUGUUCUUUGUCCACUCCAAGCGUUCCUUCAUCCACGACACCACCACUGAUAAUGUCAUGCUGCGAGUCCAACCAGACGGGAAGGUACUUUAUAGUCUCAGAGUUACAGUAACAGCAAUGUGCAACAUGGAUUUCAGUCGCUUUCCCCUGGACACACAAACAUGUUCCCUGGAGAUUGAGAGCUAUGCCUACACUGAGGAUGACCUCAUGCUGUACUGGAAGAACGGGAAUGAUUCCCUAAAAACAGACGAGAGGAUAUCUCUGUCCCAGUUCCUGAUCCAGGAGUUUCACACGACCACAAAACUCGCCUUUUACAGCAGCACAGGAUGGUACAAUCGCCUGUACAUAAACUUCACCUUGCGCCGACACAUCUUCUUCUUCUUGCUCCAAACUUACUUCCCUGCCACUCUCAUGGUUAUGCUGUCCUGGGUGUCUUUCUGGAUCGAUCGCCGAGCUGUACCUGCCAGAGUUCCUUUAGGGAUAACCACCGUGCUGACCAUGUCUACAAUCAUCACGGGAGUGAACGCCUCCAUGCCUCGUGUUUCCUACAUCAAAGCGGUGGACAUUUACCUAUGGGUCAGUUUUGUGUUCGUCUUCCUCUCGGUGCUGGAAUAUGCAGCAGUGAAUUACCUGACCACAGUGCAAGAGCGGAAGGAGAGGAAACUCCGGGACAAGCUUCCCUGCGCGUGCAGCCUCCCUCAGCCGCGGCCCAUGAUGAUGGAUGGCAGCUACAACGACGGUGACGUGAACGAACUCGGGCACUACGUGUCCGAGAACGGAGACAAACAGGACAGAAUGAUGGUGCAGCUGGCGCUGGGGUCUGAAAGGGGCUCAGGCAGGCGGAAAAAUCAGAGAUACGUCAGCAUGCGGAUCGACACUCACGCCAUUGACAAAUACUCCAGGAUAAUAUUCCCUGGUGCAUACAUUCUAUUUAAUUUGAUAUACUGGUCCAUUUUUUCAUGA